CAUCACCAGAACCUGUAGUGCUAAUUCGUUUUUGUUUUUUUUAAUGUUUAGUUUAUAUUUAAUAACGUCGCCUCAAAAGUUGGACCUUUACAUAAGUCUGUGUGAGCUCCUUAUGUUGUGCUGUUUGAUCAGCUGUUUUUUUUGUUUUGUUUGUUUUUUACUGUAGUUAACGUGAAACCUAACCCGCUAGAUAUUAGCAAUAAUAAUAUCGAGGCAGGAGGGGGAGGCCUCGCUUACUUACAAAAAACGUGUAUAACCGAGGUUUUAUUAGCAUUUAGUGCCAUCGACUGCUGAAAGCCUUUACAAGAUUGUCUUGUAGUGCCGUGUGGGGGCUACCUUACAGGGUUUUCAUAUUGCUAUUCAUUGUAGGGCUAGCUGUCUCCAUCGUUAGCUUGUAGCAUACUUGGCGCACGUCUAUUUCACCAUGUUUUGUUUCUGUGGAUUGAAAGCUCCACACUUUCUGUGUUUUCUUGCCCUGGUUUUUGGAACAUCAGGACAUGAGAACGGGCCCGAAGUCGUCACAGUGGUUGUAUCAGAAGGAAGUGAUGCAGUUUUGCCCUGCUCUGUCAGCACCAGCCUUGUACAGGAGCUGUUUGACUGGAGAAGGAGAAACGAUCAGGGUACACAGGAGGUGUUCAUGUAUCAAAACUGCAGUCAUUACAACAAUGGCCUUAAAGGUCAACACGACCAGUUCAAAGGACGGGCCUCACAUUUUCCACAACAGCUGCAGUUCGGUAACGCCUCCAUCAUCAUCAGAAACACCACGAUCAGCGACAGUGGAAACUACACCUGUGACUUUCCAAAUCUGCAGCCAGAACAAAUAUUCAGCAUUAAACUUGUUGUUCAAUACAGUUUAAAAGACAGAAGAGGAGAAAAUGCACGUGCAGCUCCAAAACCUGUUGUCUGGCUAGUUAAAGAGACUGAAGACCAAGUACAGCUGCACUGUGUGGUUCUAGGUGCUUUUCCCAAACCAAAGGUAGAGUGGAAGGACAGUGAUGGAAACAUCUUUCCUGCUGAGGAGCCACAGGUGUUAUACAGGGGAGACCGCUACUACAUCACCUUCCUCACCACUGUGACUGCCACAAACACCAGCCUCUUCCAUUGUGUGGCCACACAGGAAGAGAUUGGCCAUGUGAUUGAAGCUGAAAUCCGUGUUCCAGUUUCUAUUCCGAAGACUAACGGUUCGUGUAAUGGGGAAUCAAGCCGGCCACUUCAACUUUAAAAGUGCCAGAAGAUCUCCAUCUUGUGUAGAGAAAAGAUUUGAUAUCAAAUCUGUGCCAGCUUUUUAGUUUACUUGCCACAGUUGGAGCUUUCAAUGACGUUUACAGCCAGUGAGCAUCUGUGGUGAGAAAACAGUAGAAUCCUCUCUCCUUGGCUUUUACAAUCAAGUUCAAUUUUGCAUAGGACUGCACUGCCAUAGACAAUGAACUUCUGAAAAGGUGCUCAGUUACACUUAUUGUUUUGUUUUGUUUGUUUGUUGUUUUCUAAAUUUGCAAAACAAGACACUCCUUUAAUUACAUUUUUUUAGUCUUACUCAGUCACAUGUGAAAUUAUGCAAGAGGAAAUAAUAAAUAUAUAUAUAUAUUAGGGGUGCAACGAUACUCGUAUCAAUAUUGAACCGUUCGAUACAGUGCUUUCGGUUCGGUACGCAUGUGUAUCGAACAAUGCAACAUUUUUAAUUUAUUUUAUCAACUUUUCUUCUGACGAUGCUGUCUGUGUUGAGAGCUCAGUGGAUCUGCGUUCGUUUACUCCGCCUAGGCUGCACUGUCGAGCGCAGAUCCACUAAGCGCAGCACAAGCUAGCAAGACAGAAGCUAAGCUCGUUGCAACAUGGCAAAUUGAACCUCCCCACCUGCAUUCAGAUCUGACACUGUAUGACACUGAAGGUAAGCGCCUCAUGGACAAAAGUAAAACAGUAUAUCGGAUGUGCCACGCAAUGCUCAAUUACAUGGGUGGGAACUAGUGCGUUAGCAGUUAGCUCGUUAAUGUGUUGACACCGUCCAGCCCCACGCACGGGUCGAUCCGCGGUAGCUCGUUAACGGAGAUUUGCCGUGUUGUGGCGUUAACGUCAUUUCAGAUUAACGCUGACAGCACUAGUGGGAACACAAUGAA